AUCGUUUUUGGGUGUUAGCGAAACAUGCCAACUGCAAAGCAGGUCCGUGGAACAUACUCUAACAGGUUGGCGAUGCGAAAAGGCAGGCAAAACAAGCUGAAAGCUAUGAGAGAAGGGAAGAUUCGCAAACCAACGAAGGAAAUUGGUCUGCCGCACUUUGGAAGUGAAAAGCAGAAGCUUGAGCAGAGAAGCAAGUUGAUGAAGCAGAGAGUGCAGCAAGCGGUGGAGUCGGUCCAGAACGAAUUUGAGGGCAAUGGAAACAAAAGUAAUAUAUCUAUUGAAAGUAUGGUGCAACAAGCUCAGAUGAAGACAGAGCAGUUUGAAAAGAAUCGGAAACUGGAAGACCAGAGCUUUCAAACGCAAUCUCUAAAAGAGGAUCGUGCCGCCCAGCAAACGCGCCGUACGUUUUUCCGCCAGCUAAAAGAAGUCAUAAACAAAAGCGAUGUGAUUAUCAUGGUUUUGGAUGCUCGUGACCCCAUGGGUUGCCGCAGCAAGCUCAUCGAGCACAAAAUCCUCGAGAAAGAUCCCAACAAGCGAAUCAUUCUUCUAGUCAACAAAAUCGAUCUCGUUCCCAAGCAAGUCGCUCUCACUUGGCUCUCUCUGCUUCGCCAAGAAUACCCCACCAUUCUCUUCAAAGCCUCCACCCAGUCCCAGCGCUCGCAUCUCGGUCGCAACGACAUGAACAUCCGUAAUGCGAACAGCACGCUCAUGGCGAGCAGCGUCUGUCUCGGCGCCGACAGCCUCCUCCAGCUCCUCAAAAACUACUGCCGCACCAACGGCGUGAAAACCUCGAUCACGGUCGGCAUCAUCGGCUAUCCGAACGUCGGCAAAUCCUCUCUCAUCAACUCGCUGAAGCGCUCGCGCGCCGUCGGCGUCUCCUCGACGGCCGGCUUCACGCGGACGGUGCAGGAAAUCCAGAUCGAUCGGAACAUUUCGCUGCUGGACUGUCCGGGCAUCAUUUUCAACAGCAACAACAAGUCCUACCUGCUCCGCAACUGCGUCGACGUCCACGAACUCGAGGAUCCCGAGGGAACCGUCGAGCAGAUGAUGCGGUCGCUGCCCAAGAACCUCCAGUAUCUCCAGGCCUUCUACCAGAUUCCCGCCUUCCGCGAUGCGCACGAGAUGCUGGCGUACGUGGCACGCGCGCGAGGGAAGCUGAAACGCGGAGGAAUUCCGGAUCUGCGCGCGGCGGCGUAUAUCGUGAUCGGCGAUUUCAACAGCGGAAUGAUCCCGUUUUAUGUGAAGCCGCCGCAGCGAUUGCUGGCCGCGCAGUAG